AUGUUUGCCAAAGCUGUGCGGGAUACAGCCAAGAUGCUGGGCGAGCAAUCGAUCCCGCUCUGGUGGCCGCGGUACCAGGCUCACAUGUGCACCAACCUGUCCAUGCCCGCCAUGCUGGGCUACCUCAUGGCCAUGAUGUACAACCCUAACAACGUCGCUGUCGAGGCGAGGGAGCAGUUGUGCGACAUGUUUGGAUACAAUCUCGAUCCAAACAACACCAAGUGUCUGACCGGCUGGGGACAUGUCACCUGCGACGGCACCGUAGCCAACCUCGAAUCGCUUCAGGUUGAUCUACCCCUGUCGAGGCCCAAGGCGAUGGACGAUAGCGACGGCCUGUUAAAGAUCAUCACCGAAUCGUUCAGCGUCCGCACCUGCCAGGACCGAGUGAAGAAGUUCCGCGAGCUGAGCUCGUGGGAGCUGCUCAGUCUCAAGCCCAAGACGAUUAUGGUUGGAAAGGAAGUUCUUGAGAGGCACUUCAAUAUGGACAAGCCGGCGCAGUACGUUGUGGCGAGCACCAGGCACUAUUCGUGGCCCAAAGACGACUGUUCUUGGCUGACUGUGAUAUCAGAAAUCUUGGGCAUCGGCUCGGGCAACUCGGUCAGCGUCGACGUCGAUGAGAACGCCCGCAUUGACGUCGACAGGCUCAAGGAGCCGCUGGCCAAGAACUUAGCUGAGGAACGGCCCGUAUACUUCAUCGUCGCCGUCAUGGACUCGACGGAAGAAGGGGCUGUCGACCCGCUGCACAAGAUUCUCGCCCUCCGCCAGCAGUUCCAGGCCAAGGGCUUUUCGUUUCCUGUUCACGCCGACGCCGCAUGGGGCGACUACUUUGCGACGACGCUUCCCCGAGGAGACGACCUACUGCUCACGUCGGCCCAUGUCGGCAGCCUCGCAGGUCGGGACGGGUGGGACGAGGGAAUCGUGCCGAACCUGCCUCUGCAGGUAGAUACGCAGAAGGACCCGUAUUCGUUGCGGUUCUCCGACUCGAUAACCGUAGAUCCCCACAAGGCUGGCACUCCCUACCCAUGGGUGCCUUGA